AUGUCAUACAGACUCAUUCAAUUAAACAGUGGCAACAAAAUCCCAUCAAUUGGUUUAGGAUGCUACAAUAUCCCUACAGCACAAACCAGCAAGCUCGUGUAUGAAGCUUUGGAUGCCGGAUAUCGCCAUUUCGAUACUGCUGUACUCUAUGGAAACGAACAAGAGGUUAUUGACGGUAUUGCCAAAUAUUUGAGUGAACACCCAGAAGUCAAACGUUCAGAUGUAUUUUACACCACGAAAUUAUGGAAUAGUCAACUUGGGAAAACCAAUACCGAAAAAGCAAUUAGUACUAUGAUGCAGCAAAUAGGACCAUUGAAGUACAUUGACUUGUUGUUGAUUCAUUCGCCAUUACCCGGUAAAGAAAAACGGUUAGAAAGCUACAAGGUUAUGGAACAGGCAUUGAAGGAAGGUAAGGUAAAAAAUAUCGGGGUAUCAAACUACGGACAACAUCACAUUGAAGAGAUCCUCCAAGAUCCAGAAAUCGAAACACCACCGGCUAUUAACCAAAUAGAGAUAAGUCCUUGGUGCAUGCGCCAAGACUUGGCACUGUGGUGUUUGAGUAAGGAUAUUCACGUGGAGGCUUACGCACCAUUGACCCACGGAUACAAGUUGCAAGAAGAUAGCCCCAAUUUCCAAGCAAUUAUGAAGAAGUAUAACAAGUCACCAGCACAAAUUUUGAUUAAAUGGUCGUUGCAAAAGGGAUACAUUCCAUUACCCAAGACUAAAACUCCUUCGAGAUUGAAACCUAAUUUGGAUGUCAAUGAUUUUGAAUUGACUCCUGAAGAAGUAGUGCUAGUUGACCAACCUGAUGCUUAUGAGCCUACUGAUUGGGAAUGUACUAAUGCUCCAUAG